AUGAAUGGGAGCGGGGGUGGGAGUGGGGUUGUGCGCGCGAAUGGGAAUGGGAAGGUACCCGUGCAGGUGGACAGGGAGCAAUUGAAGGAUUCGGGAUCCAUAGCGGCCGAUUGGAAUCAGGUUGUCAGGAGCAUCGGUGCGUUUGUGGGGAUUGCGUUUGCGAUUCGCAAACUCCCCUGGCAAUCAACUCUCCAAGUCUCCCUAACCCUCGCGCUCGUCAACCCGUUCCUCUGGUACCUCAUCGACCGCUCAAAGCCAGGUUUCAUGCUCUCCACCGCCGUCGGCUUGCUGGGCAUGGUCACGCUACUGGGCAUCAAUCCGGACGUCGUGCAGGGCCUGACGGUGAAUGCAGCUGAAUCCGCUGCUGCCGGUAAUGGUUCAGGGAUACUCUCGUUCGCGUCCCAGGAGAGCAUUGCGGUAGGGACAUGGAUUGCCAGUGUAUUGUUCUGCAGUUGUGUUUGUUUUGGGAAUAUUGGGCGCCGGUUGGCGGUUGGUUGGGAGAGCUGA